UGUGUGUGUGUGUGUGAGUGCGUGCGCGCGUGUGUGUGUUUCAAUGAAUUCCUCCUUUAAGAUCGAGCUGAUGGGUAUUGUUUUACAGCUCCUUGUCAGGCUUUAAUAAAAAAGUAGCGGCCCCGCCUCCAGCCCAGCGCUAACUUUAACCGAAAGUGUGUUUCUUCUCACAAAGAGCUGCGACCUCCGGCGGGAAGAAGCUGACUGAAGCUCACUGCUGCUCGGACUCGACUAGACUCUGACGGUCAGUCAUUGCAACUCAUCGGAUUCUUCAGUGACAGUCCGUCAAGGACAGAUGGAUGAGCAGCUAACCCUCCAGAAGUUUGUGAUGAUGUUGCUAAAUCUUGAUUAAAGCAACAUGGAGUCUGUAAGUGGACUUAACCGCAGAUGAACAACCAGAAAGGCGUUAGGGAUGGAGGAUCUGCCAGUGAAAAGUGGAGGAACUGGGGCAACAGGCGGUCAAGAGGAGGAUUCUCCUUGGUAGGAUGGUCAGAGACGAUCACGAUAGAACAGUGGUACAAGGCCAAAAGCAGAGCUGCGCAGCUGAGACACAGAACCAAAGUCAACCCGCUAAAGAACCUGCAGGACCAGAACAAGCCCAGAGCCCAGAGAGAGUCCCAGCAGAGAGCCAAGAGCCGACAGAGAAGAAGCUAGAUUUACUGCACUGGAAAACCCACGUUGAGGAAGACGAUGACACCUGGUGCCUGCCCGUCACUGGAGCUGAUGCUGCUGAGAGCUUGCCCACACACCUCCGUCCAUUCAGCAGCGCAGCAGAGUACAAACUAGUGAAGCAGACUUACCAGCGGCUCCAACACAGUGGUUACUACUGGGGAUCCAUGACCAUGGAGGAGGCACACCAAAUACUCUCACAGGCACCCCUGGGUACCUUCCUCAUCAGAGACAGCGGCCAGCCGGAUGUAUUCUUCACUCUCAGUUACCAAAGCGACGACGGCCCAACUAGCGUUCGUGUCCAGCUGAACAACCUGCUCUUCAGUCUGUACGGCAGCCACAGGACUUUUGAGUCACUCUUUGCUCUGCUCACUUAUUACACCAGUUCAUCCUGUAAACUGACAGUGCCCUAUCGCAAGCAGCGUCCGGAGCGCCUGAAGCAGAUCUGCAGGAGGGCUCUCAUUGGCUCUUAUGGAGCACAAAAUAUAAGCACCUUACCUGGACUCAGCACUCAAGUUAAAGACUAUGUGAAUGCGUACCCUUGUUGUAUAUAGACAUGUGGACAGAGUGCCUGUCACUGUAUCAAGAUGUUGUGUGUGAUUUAAGUUAAACAAAUGCUCUGUAUUUUUGUUAUUUCAUAUAUAUAUAUAUAUAUAUAACACAGACAGAGCUUAAGUAUUU